AUUGGCAGCUACUUAAUUAGCUGUCAGAUCCGCACCCAUGGAUGUUCGCACUAAAAAAAGCUGGCAAAACCAACUGAGACCCAUUUGCUUCUGGUCUCUCCUUCUCUCUCUUUCUGCACACCAGCAAAUGCAAACAUUCUCUCCCGCAUGAUACAUGGUGAAGAUUUACAGCCACCCCAUACGCCAAUAUGGGAUAUCAUUCUCGUCGAGAAUCCUACGCAGGAACUUCAUCAUUCUGCUCAACCCGAUCAGACUUUGAUCAAUUGCUUGAAACUGUCGACCUUGAUUGGCCAUUCGGUAAAGUAGACGGUGUCGAUAAAGAUGAUCUUCGAGAAACAGCAUACGAGGUGUUCUUCACGUCAUGUCGUUCUUCGCCAGGGUUCGGUGGGAGGAAUGCAUUAUCGUAUUACCCCUCUGGGCAUGACAACAGCAACGGGGAUGGUGGUAGUUUUGGCGGAGGAGGAAAUGGGAGGAAUAAUAAUGGGUCUGGUUUGGUGGCUACCAGUAGAUUAAAACGAACUCUUGGAUUGAAGUCGGUGAAACGAAUGUCACCAAGGAGAACAAAUUCAAAUCCGUCAUCGCCAAGAUCACCGAGGUCGCCGAAUAAUGGUAAUAAUAAUAAUAAUAAUCAUCCUACUUUCACCACUUUGCCGGUCAGAUUUAAACGGCCAAUGACAUCCGCUGAGAUUAUGAGGCAGCAAAUGCGAGUUUCAGAACAAAGCGAUAACCGGCUCAGGAAAACCUUAAUGAGAACACUUGUUGGUCAGAUGGGCAGGAGAGCAGAGACCAUUAUUCUCCCUCUGGAGCUUCUCCGCCACCUAAAAGCCUCGGAAUUCAACAAUGCGCAUGAAUAUCAUCUCUGGCAGAAACGGCAACUAAAAAUCCUUGAAGCAGGUCUGCUCCAUUACCCGUCAAUCCCGUUAGACCGAUCAAACACCACAGCGAUGAAGCUCCGUGAAAUCAUUGACGGCUGUGAAAUGAAGCCUAUUGAUAUUGGAAAGAAUUCUGAGGCAAUGCCAAUAUUAUGCAAUUGCGUCGUUUCGUUAGCAUGGCGAAGCAAUAAUGGAUCCUCUUCAGAUGUAUGUCACUGGGCAGAUGGAUCACCAUUCAACAUUCACCUAUACUUAUAUCUACUAUAUGCAAUUUUUGAUAUUAAAGAUGAAACGUUGGUUCUGGAUGAGGUUGACGAGUUACUAGAACUUAUGAAAAAGACAUGGUCUACUCUAGGAAUCAGCAAAAUCAUGCAUAAUAUUUGUUUCACAUGGGUGCUUUUUCAACAAUACGUAGCGACUUCGCAAACGGAGCAAGACCUUUUAGGCGCUUCUAUUGCAAUGUUGGCCGAAGUAGAGAACGAUGUAAAGAGAGCUAAUCGAGACGCUAUGUACAUUAAGACGCUAUCGUCCGUCUUGGGAUCAAUUUAUGCAUGGGCAGAAAAGAGACUUGUUGAUUAUCAUGGGAGCUUUCAAAAAGGUAUCUCUGGAAUGAUGGAAAACCUUCUGUCACUUGCCUUAACUGCUUCAAAAAUCUUGGAUGAUCUUAAUGUGGUGCAAGAGAGGGGGGAUGCCAUAGACGAAUCAGACGGCAAAGUGGAUUUUUUUAUAAGGUCUUCCUUGAGAAAUGCUUUCUCAAAGAUGUUGGAAACUGGGGCAAAUAGUCUGACUAACGAGGAACAAGAAGAUGAUGCGAGUGAAGCACUCCUCCAAUUAGCUAAAGAAACAGAAGAACUGGCCGCGAAAGAAAAGAUAACGUUUAGUCCAACAUUGAAGAGAUGGCACCCAAUUCCGACGGGUGUUGCUUCUGUGACUCUCCAUAGUUGUUAUGGAGCUGUCUUGAGACAAUACUUAAGCGGGGUAUCCACAUUGGCAAAUGAGGUAAUAAGGGUUCUUGAAAGAGCGGGAAAACUAGAGAAGAUUUUGGUUCAAAUGGUGGUUGAAGACUCUGUUGAUUGUGAAGAUGGAGGAAAGGCAGUUGUCAGGGAAAUGGUCCCGUACGAAGUCGACUCUAUCAUUUUAAACCUCUUGAAAACUUGGAUCGGCGAAAGAUUGGAAAAGUUGCAUGAAUAUCUUGAAAGAGCCAAGGAAACUGAGACAUGGAACCCAAAAUCUAAAACGGAACCAUAUACUCAAUCUGCUGUCGACAUAAUGAGAUUGGCCAAGGAGAUUGCAAAUGAUUUCUUUGAAAUCCCAAUUGGUAUUUCUGAGGAUAUAAUUCAAGAUCUUGCAGAUGGCUUAGAACAUCACUUUCAAGAUUACAUCAACUUUGUUGCAUCUUGUGGCUCAAAACAAAGCUACAUUCCGUCUCUUCCCCCUUUGACAAGAUGCAACAGAGACUCGAGAUUCUUGAAGCUGUGGAGGAAAGCAAGUCCAUGUAAGAUGGUCCCUGAGGAUUUGCAUCGGGGUGGGAUAACAGACGGUCACCAUCCGCGUCCGUCUACAAGCCGUGGCACGCAACGACUUUACAUUCGCCUUAACACUCUCCAUUACCUUCUUUCUGAACUGCAUUCCUUGGAUAAAAUACUAUCUCUGUCUCCUAGGCAUCAAGUUCCCUCCCACCGAUCUCGAGCUCCUAAUUGCCGCCGCAACCUUUCGUUUUCCCCUUCAUACUUUGACCAUGCUCGCUCCACCAUUCAAACCGCCACUCAGAACGUCUCUGAAGUUGCCGCUUACAGGCUUAUCUUUCUUGACUCAAACUCAGUUUUCUACGACAGCCUUUACGUAGGCGACGUAGUGAAUGCUAGAGUACGCCCUGCAGUGCGCAUUCUAAAGCAAAAUCUUGUCCUUUUAUCCGCAAUGGUGACAGACAAAGCUCAACCUCUUGCUAUAAAAGAAGUAAUGAAAGCUACUUUUGAAGCUCAUCUCAUGGUUUUACUUGCUGGAGGAAGUAGUAGGAUAUUCACGAGGUCGGAUCAUGAAAUGCUUGAAGAGGAUUUUGAGAGUCUGAAACGUGUAUUUUGUACUUGUGGAGAGGGUGUGGUUGCAGAAGAUGUUGUGGAGAGGGAAGCUGAAACAGUUGAAGGGGUUGUAGGAUUAAUGGGUCAAUCUACAGAACAGCUGGUUGAAGACUUUUCAAUUGUUGCGUGUGAAACGAGUGGCAUGGGUGUGGUGGGUGCAGGGCAAAAACUGCCAAUGCCGCCUACAUCAGGAAGGUGGAAUAGAGCUGAUCCAAACACUAUCUUGAGGGUUUUGUGCCAUAGAAAUGAUGGCAUUGCAAAUAGAUUUUUGAAAACUACUUUUCAGUUAGCAAAGAGGUGCUAAGGAAAAAUAUUAUUAUUGUUUCAUCUCUAUAACCAUUGUGAUGCCAUUAGCAAUGCAAAUAAACAAGUUAUAAUUGUCGUUGUCAACUGCCUAUAUUCAUGGUAUUCUUAACAGCUAAAUUACUUAUUUUGGUUCAUUA